GUCUGGCUGGCAGGCCCCUCUCCUGGGAAGGAGGCACCAGGGGUCGGGUGAUUUGUGAGCCCCUUCAGAUCUCCAAUCUCCACCCUCCUCUGGCCUGGUCUGCUUCACGCACUUGAUCGAAAUCAAGUUGGUUCAGCCUUGGUUCCUUCUGCCUCUGAGGUGCACGGUCCCCUGGGUACCACUUUUGAGUCUGGGACCUGGGGUGACUCCAUCCCCUCUUCUGUAAGCCUCUGCCCCCACCCCUUCUGUAAAGUAGGCAUUAGACGUUGCCGGCUAAAGAGUAAAGUUCUGUGCAUGUGGCAGGGCAACAGGGUCAGGGCUGGAUGCUCCUGCUUGAUUUCAGACGGGUCACAGCCCGCUUCCUCUCUGGUAGUAAAGCCUGGACUACGACUCUCUUAAUGCUGAGACUCUUCUAACUCAGAACUCCCACGGCUCUGGUGCAUGUGGGGCAUGUGACCGGGUACAAAGUGCGUUUGCACUUGAGCCCCCUGAGCUGACCCUGCCUCAUCCCAAGCCCUCAGAGAUUUAUUGUCUGUGGAAGAGGACAGCGCUCAGUGCCCCCUACCCUCCCGCACCAGAGUAGCCUCAUGUGUGCAGGCCGGGGCGUGUCCGGCAGGUGACCCAGGGUCCUCUUGUUCAUCGGUGGAGACAUCAGUACUGUCUCCGGUUGCUGCGAGGAUUUAACGAGUUGAUCUCUGUUGUGUGCUUAGAACAGCACGGGCUCGUGACAGGCAACACCUGCGUUAGCUUCAGUACCCUCACCAUUAUGCAUUGUCCAUUUGACAGAUCUUGUCCAAGUCUGCACCAGGCCAGUUCUAGGCGGUAGGGACAGAGUGAAGGGGAGGACGGAGCCCUUUGGGGCCAUCCCAGCACAAACGGGCCGGUGAGAGAGACAGGGAAGUGAGCAGUUGACACAAAGUGUGCCGAGGGCUGUGAUAGGCACUCCGGGCCUGGGACACCAGGAAGAAUCCAGGAGGGCCUCGCGGAGGAGGAGACAUUACACCUUUACAAGGGAGCUGAAGGAUGAGUAGGAAGGGCUGCUCACCCUCAUCGAGAGGGAGGUGGGUACAGAGGCAGGGAGGUGGCUCUGUGAACAGUGUUUCAGGCCUGAUGGGCCUAGAGCCACUUGUCAGGUUAGACUCAAUAUCAGCCAUGGCAAAGGUAUUCACACAGUGGAAAUCAACAGAUGCUACACAUUCAGGCUUUUCCCCAGAGAGCUGGCUUUUAACCAUUUUACCAGCACACCACUCCUCUGACUCCUCUCUCCAAAGAAACAUCCUUGUCCCCAAGUCUCCGAGGGGCAAAGGGCAGAAAGCAGGAGCCCUAGGACCUGGGGCACCACCAGGAGGUUCCCUUCCCACCUUUCCUUCAGCCAAUCCCACAGGUCAGUGGAAACAGAGGCGUUUAUUGACAAAGAUCUCUUCCAGGAGUCUUCUCCCUCCAGGGCCUGACUACGGGCCCCCAAGUAACAGGAGGUGGCAUCUGUCCCUUGAGCAUCUCAGGCCAAUCUGGGGACAGGGCUCAGGACAGCUUCGCCCCACUGUGACAGGGAUCCUGGACCCAUUUCACUCUGGUUACAGAGGCAGAAGCAGCAGGGAGCUGGCAGACCUCUGCCCAGGGAAGAGCAAGCAGUGUGGGAGCUGGCAAGGCCGUUCCAUCUCCUUCAGAGGUACUGCCUUUGCCCCUAGCCUUGGGGUCACCAGCACCCCAUUCAGCCCAUGCAGGACUGCCAUGCACACCCCAGCAAUGGAGUGCAUGUCCUGCUGGAGAAGCCAGUGUGGAUCCUUACACUGCAGUGGCCCCAGGGAGGAUCCCCACAUCCCCACAGUGAUGUGUCCCUCUCACCCACCACCUGGAGAGCCCCAGGGGCAGGUUCUGGCUCUACUGACCACUGCACUCACAAUAAAAGGGGACGUGGUGCAUUGAUGCCGGGGUUCACGAAGAGGCUAUCACCUACCCAGGCCAUCAGCUAUAGCAGAGACAAAGCCAAGAUCUUGAACUCUGAAGGUUGACUCCCUCCAUUCCAAGGGGCUCCACCUCCUGCAGCAAAACCCAGUGGAGGGCGAAGGGUCGGGGAGCCUUUGACUUGGGUAGGGCCAGGGCCAGACCCUCAGAGCUGCGGGGAGCUGGGCAGGGAGGCAGGGUACAGUCCCUUCCGUGCCACACUGUGAGAAGGAACUGGCUUAAACUGACCUCUGCCACCCCUCCCCAGAGAGCCUUUGGGAGCCAGUGGGUAAGGAAUUGGGUCUUUGAAACCUUUGCAUCUAUUUGCACUCUUCUCAAGAUCGGGAGCUCACUGCUUACCCCUCUUUAGGGAAGGCUUGCACAGACAUCUCCAGAACCAUCUGUCCCAACCCUUCAUCCUCCCAGUGAAGAACCGGAAGCCCAGAGAUCCACCAUUUACCCAAGGGCACCCCUGGUCACCAGGGCUCUGGCCCCAGGCAAGACUCCUUCCACCAGUUUACUGUAGAGUCCUAGACCAGGGAGGGCUCUUCUGGCUGAGAGGGCAAGGAAGGCUUCGCAGAGGUGACAUUUGAGAGGGUCCUUGAACAACGGCACUAGGUUGCUUGAGAUCCUGAUUCUUUUGGUCUUGCUCAUGAUGUCGUCUCUGCUGUGCCUCACAAUGAGCAUGACAAAUACCUCACAAAUGGAGUUUGUUUGAAUGAAUGGAUGGAUGAAUGAAUGAGGCCAGAAGGCCUUUCCCAGGAAAUGAAAGGGCAAAGGUUCCUUCAGGGCUGAGAAGUGUUAUAGAAGCCCUUGCAGCCCAGAUACUACAGUAAGCAGGAAAGGACAAGAUUCCAUCUCUUGUGCCUGCUGCCAACUCGGUAUGCUCUGCAGCUCCUCUCACUCAUCUGUUCACCUGUGCCCAAACUGCUUCAUGAUCCCAAGGCUUCUUAUUUUCCUGAGGCUGGACGAGGUCCUCUGCUUACUGUCUUCCUCUUUUUUGUUUGUAAGCUGGGACACACUUACUGAUGGCCAUGGCCCCUGGCCAACAACCCUCUACUGCUGCCCCAGCAGGGCCAGGGCCACCUCUUGGACCAUCAGGGACCUUCAGGGGGCUGGAGAGGUGCAGAGAAAUAGCCUUCCACGGCAGACCUAGCCCUGCUCUCUGCCCGACUUGCGCUGCCCCUAGGGACUCGGCUUGGUGGAAUGAAGCCUCCCUCUCCUUCUCAUGUGGCUUUGCGUUUUGCUCUCUGGCAGGGAUUUCCAUUUCCUCCUGUUAUAAAGGACUUAACUGCUCACAACAGGAAGCUGGGAUAUUCAGAGACACAGGAAUCAGGCAUCUUUAUUCUCACACAAAGUCAUCUGCUCUCUUGUGUUGCCUGUGUGCCUCGCAGCUCCUCUGUAUGCAUGCACUGGGCCACGGGGUCACAGUAGACUUCAGACAAUGUUGACCCACAGCUCUGCCUGCCAGCCUGGGAUCGGGCAGCUGUGGGGUGAUGAAAAGAAUAGGAGACCUGGGAAUCAGGAUUCUGGGACUUAGGUUCAAGGUGCCGCUCAGCCACUGACUAAAUAUAUCCUGGGAGGACGUUUACCAGCUCUGGGUCCCCAGGUUCACUUCUGUAACACCAGGGACUCUGAUGAAACUCUGCCCGUGUGCCCUCCCACUCUAAUUUCCCAGGUUCUGGACAGUGAACCUGGAAGAAACGCUAAGGAUGGAAAAGAGAAAGAGGAGUGUGUUUGUGCCUCGAGUCAGGUGGCCACUGGAGCAGUAUCCCCACGGGUACAGCCCUAGCUUCAGAGCCCCACUGACCUGAAUCAGGUCCUGACCCAGUGGCAACAUGCAGAGCAUGGGCUCCUGUUGUAGGACGGCAUUUCCACACUGGAAUAAGCUUGAGACCUACCCUCACCUCUCUGGGCUUCAGUUUCCCCAUCUGUUGGACAUUUGGACAAAUGGUUGGACAGCUGGUUGGACAUUUUCUUGGUCGGCACCAGAGCUCUUUCCAUCAAUAAAACUGCUUGCAGAAAACUGAUGCAGGAAGAAAGGAAACACUGGCAACUGUGGGGCAGUUACAAUCGAAGAUGUGUGCACAGUGUGUAGUCACGAGCAUCUGGCAGCCCCACAGAGUAGAUGGAAGCAUCACUACUGUCACGGCCGAGAAGGAAGUUUGAGGCACCAGGAGAUUUUGCAAAGACAGUCACGAAAGAGGACUCUAGAGCUGCUUCAGAAAGUGGUAAUCACAAUGCGAUGUGUGUUAGAAGGAAGAAUUUUGAAAGCAUUCAUAGCAAGUCCCAGAAUAGCUUCACUCGCAUCCCACACUGAGGCCAGAUGCCUUCGGGCUGGAGGAGGCUGAUGCUCCCAUCUCUUCAUGAAGACCCUGCACCUACCACAGCCUCCCUCAGCACCACCAUGCUAAAUGUCACCUUGCAAGCUGCAUCUGCGCUGAACGGAACCCUUGCCCAGGGCAGCAGCUGCCCCGACACCAAGUGGUGGGGCUGGCUCAAUGCCACCCAGGCCCCCUUCUUGUGGGUCUUGUUCAUGCUGGCCACGCUCGAGAACAUCUUCGUCCUCAGUGUCUUCUGCCUGCACAAGAGCAGCUGCACAGUGGCAGAGAUCUACCUGGGGAACCUGGCAGCGGCCGACCUUGUCCUGGCCUGCGGGCUGCCCUUCUGGGCCAUCACCAUCGCCAACAACUUCGACUGGCUCUUUGGGGAGGCCCUGUGCCGCGUGGUGAACACCAUGAUCCACAUGAACCUGUACAGCAGCAUCUGCUUCCUGAUGCUGGUGAGCAUCGACCGCUACCUGGCCCUGGUGAAGACCAUGUCCAUGGGCCGCAUGCGAGGGGUGCGCUGGGCCAAAGUCUACAGCCUGGUGAUCUGGGGGUGCACGCUGCUCCUGAGCUCGCCCAUGCUGGUGUUCCGGACCAUGAGGGAGUACAGUGAGGAGGGCCACAAUGUCACUGCCUGCGUCAUUAUCUACCCGUCCCGCACCUGGGAGGUGCUCACCAACGUCCUCCUGAACCUGGUGGGCUUCCUGCUGCCCCUCAGCAUCAUCACCUUCUGCACGGUGCAGAUCAUGCAGGUGCUGCGCAACAACGAGAUGCAGAAGUUCAAGGAGAUCCAGACGGAGCGGAGGGCCACCGUGCUGGUCCUGGCCGUGCUGCUGCUGUUCGUCGUGUGCUGGCUGCCCUUCCAGAUCAGCACCUUCCUGGACACGCUGCUGCGCCUCGGCAUCCUCCCUGGCUGCUGGGCCGAGCACGUCAUCGACAUCGUCACGCAGAUCAGCUCCUACUUAGCCUACAGCAACAGCUGCCUCAACCCAUUGGUGUACGUGAUUGUGGGCAAGCGCUUCCGGAAGAAGUCCCGGGAAGUGUACCACAGGCUGUGCAGGAAGGGCUGCUGCUCGUCGUCGGAACCGGUCCAGGCGGAGAGCUCCAUGGGAACGCUGCGCACUUCCAUCUCGGUGGACCGGCAGAUCCACAAGCUACAGGACUGGGCCAGGAGGGGCAGUGAGGGCGCGCCACCUGGGCUACUGUGAAUGCACGAGAACCGCCUGCCGCACAGUUGCUAUUCAGCAUGGGGCCCAGCCAGGGGAAGAAGACACCCCAAGUGACCUUGGGCGAUGGAUAAGCCCCACCUCUCCCGGAAAACCCAGGAGGGUGAUUCCUGCCCUGCCCCAUCGCGUGAGGGGUCUGUGACAGCGGGGUGAGCGGGCCCCCGCAGUCUCAUCUGCCGCCACUCUGGGGCCAGCCUGCUCCUUCCUAACCAUAGAGGGGACUUGGGCAGGGGCGGGAAUGACUGAGGGACGUGGCGUCCCUUCCCGCCCGGGCAUGACUGCUCACAGCUCUGGGGAACUGCCGCCCGGCUCUGGUGCCGUGACCCAGGACACAUGUGGCAGCACCUGGUGGAAUCUGUCCUGGGGUCCCUUAACCCAGGCAGCUCAGACUUGGGAGGAUAAUUUCUCAGUUAAACUCUGAGGGGUCCCCAGUAAGAACCCAGAGACCAGGAUUCCAUGGCUCCUCCUUUCUGUGCAAAAAGAAGAACCUCGGAGUCACUCACUGUGUAUGGUCCUGGAGAGAUAACGGGGUCUCCAUCUCAGGGGAGUCCAGAAACCCCAGGGGAAGGAGGCCUAUGGUAGGCAGGCUCCAGCAGGCUCUGUCCUGCUGUGCCCAGGUCAGGCCCUGUGGGCGGAACAGAGCCCACUCAGCCAGAACUAGAAGCACAGACCCCUUGUCUGUGCCUCAGUGUCCCCACUGUGAUCCGAGAUCGCAGGAGGGUUAAAGGUGGUAACAGACACAAAGGACUUUGAGAAGUGAAAGGUGCUAUGUAUGUGAGGCAUCCUUAUGCCCACAAAACGGAAUAAAUUAAUUAUAAGGAAAAGACGCUGCGGUUCAGAA